GUCUCUAAGAAUGCCAGCAAAUUACAGAGAAACAAGCAGAGUCUUUCAGCCCAGCCUCAGCCCUCCUUCCCCCACAGCUCACAGCAAAGCUGCCUCCCCUUCGCCCCUUAUUCUUAUGUUGCUGUAAAGACCUGGAAGGAAAGUUGAGGUGAGCUGGGGACUAGUGGCUCGAAGGGGACCAAGAGAAGUGCUAGCUCAGCUGCAACAGAUAUAAGGUUGUGACAAGUUCCAUAUGAUUAAAUGGAUAAUAAUGUCUCUCGGUCUCCCAGCCUUAAGGGCCAAGGAAUGGUGAUUCAAGACAGUUGGACUGGAUACAACCUGGAUGUAUUUAUGCUUCCCAACCACUACUGUGAAGAUUUAGAAUGUGUGUUCAUACCUCAUGGAAUCAUUGUGGACAGGAUAGAACGACUGGCCAGUGACAUAAUGAAAGACAUUGGGGACAAUAGCAUUACCGUCCUUUGUGUGCUGAAGGGAGGAUACAGAUUCUGUACUGAUCUUGUAGAACACAUCAAGAACCUCAGCCGGAAUUCCGAAAGGUUUAUCUCCAUGAGAGUGGACUUCAUCAGGCUGAGAAGUUACUGUAAUGACAAGUCCACAGAAGACCUGCAGAUAAUUGGAGGGGAGGACCUGUCAAAACUGAGCGGAAAGAAUGUACUGGUUGUAGAGGAUGUUAUAGGAACUGGACGCACAAUAAAAGCUCUCCUCGACCAGUUGGAAAUAUACAAACCAAAGAUGGUGAAGGUGGCAAGCUUGUUAGUGAAAAGAUCUGAAGAUAACAACAAAUACAGACCAGACUAUACCGGAUUUGAAAUUCCCAAUCGAUUCGUAGUUGGUUAUGCCCUCGACUACAAUGAACACUUCCGAGAUCUUCAGCAUAUAUGCAUCAUCAAUGAAAAAGGCAAAGAGAAAUACAAGGUGUGAAAACUCUGCUUUCCAGUAAUUAAAAGCAAAGAAUAAUGACAUGGAAACAUGAAGAACUUUCAUAUCUGAGAGAAGAAGUCUACGACUACAAUAAACUUUCACUACCUAAAUGAGUGUCAGUGAUUCAGUGCAGUUACUUCUAAACUGUAUCCCUAACAAUAAAGAGGAAUCCUGUAUAUUUCA